UACCUGGAUAAAAACACUUUCUUCGGAGCUCUUUGGGUCAGAUGUAAGCAAGACAGGUGAACCCACAUCAAAGAACAAGAGGUCUCCCAGGCAGCCGGCCGCGUUCGCAUCCUGCAGCAGCAUGAAGGGAUCCCACGUCUUCCUCUGCCUCUUCUCCGUGUCGUGCUGCUUGAAUUUGAUGCCAACAGCUGGGAACAAAAUCUUCCACUUUGGACCCUGCAGGAUUUCAAUGAGCGUGACUGAGAUUAGGUCUGGUUUCACUGCAAUUAAAGCCAACAUCCAAGCCAGAGACCCCGUCAGGACCCUGAGCAUCUUGUCGUACCCGUACUCUCUGCACAAGGUUAAGUCUUCAGAUAGGUGCUGCAUCACCCAUCACCUCUUCAACUUCUAUGUGGACAAAGUCUUCAAACACUGCAAGACCGAGGAUUCAUACGUCAACCGAAAAAUCAGCAGCAUAGCCAACUCCUUCCUCAGCGUGAAGAGGAAACUCGGGCAGUGUCACGAGCAAAAUAAGUGCAUCUGUGGACAGGAAUCCACUGAGAAAUUUAAUCAAAUACUCGCGAACUAUGAAGGGCUGAAUGUCACAUCUGCAGCAAUUAAAUCCCUGGGUGAGCUGGACAUCCUACUAGACUGGAUUGAGAAAUCUCGUUAG